AUGACAACAACAAACCAAGAUAGUAAGAAAAGAAAAAUUUCCGAGGAGAGUGGCGAGUCAUUCCAUGAGAACAAGAGACAUUACUCUGAAGGAAACUCUAUUGAACUUGAGUUGGAUGAUUCCCUCGAAGGAAAUGUAACGGAAAUGGCUAUCGAUCCUUCAUCAUUCAGAAGCUCUGAAAACUACCUAAAGUGGCAAACAACCAUAUCUAAUGUUGUUAAAUCAGUCGUAUCGAUCCAUUUUGCCCAAGUCGCCCCAUUUGAUUGUGACCCAGCAUUAGUUUCUGAAGCAACUGGUUUUGUUGUAGAUGCUGAUUUAGGUAUUAUUCUAACUAACAGACAUGUUGUAGGACCUGGUCCAUUCGUUGGGUAUGUCGUUUUUGAUAAUCAUGAAGAAUGUGAUGUCAUUCCAAUAUAUAGGGAUCCUGUGCAUGAUUUUGGGUUCUUAAAGUUUGACCCUUCAAAGAUAAAAUAUACCGAAAUACAAGCAUUGAAAUUGAUGCCUUCGUUAGCUAAGGUUGGUUCCGAAAUUAGAGUUGUUGGUAACGAUGCUGGUGAGAAAUUAAGUAUCCUUGCAGGUUUUAUUAGUAGAUUAGAUAGAAAUGCCCCAGAUUACGGUGAUUUAACAUACAACGAUUUCAACACUGAGUAUAUACAAGCCGCAGCAUCUGCAUCUGGAGGGUCUAGUGGUUCUCCAGUGGUAAAUAUUGAUGGUUAUGCUGUUGCGUUACAAGCAGGUGGUUCUACAGAGGCCUCCACAGAUUUCUUCCUUCCUUUAAAUAGAAUCCUGAGGGCACUAAAAUGUCUUCAAAAUAAGAAAUCUAUCACUCGUGGUAGUAUCCAAGUACAAUGGUUAUUGAAACCAUAUGAUGAAUGUAGAAGGUUAGGACUGACACCAGAAAGUGAAACUAGAGCUAGACAAUUAUUUCCGGAAAACAUUGGUCUCUUAGUUGCUGAGACCAUUCUAAGAGAAGGGCCUGGUUUUGUAGGUGGUAUCAAGGAAGGUGACACUUUAAUUUCCAUUAAUGGUGUUGACAUUUCUUCAUUUAUCCAGGUUGAUGAUAUUUUUGAUUCCAGUGUGAAUGAGGACGUUACAUUAAUUGUCCAACGUGGCGGUGUCAAUCAUUCAAUUGUUAUUAAAAUACAAGAUUUACAUUCCAUUACUCCAGCAAGUUAUGUUGAAAUAUGUGGUGCAACAGCAAAUAAUCUAUCUUACCAAAUGGCUCGUUGUUAUGCGCUUCCAGUGAAAGGUGUAUUUUUAAGUAGUGCUACUGGUUCUUUCAAUUUUGAUUCUAAAGAAAAAGUUGGUUGGAUGUUAGAUUCUAUUGAUAACAUAGAGACACCAGACUUAGAUACAUUUGUUGAGAUCAUGAAGAAAAUUCCAGAUCGUUCUCGAGUUACUGUUAGAUACCAUCACUUAACUGAUCAUCACUCCCCUCAUGUCACUUCCAUUUAUAUUGACCGUCAUUGGUGUAGUGAAUUCAGACUAUAUGAACGUAAUGACGAAACUGGUUUAUGGGACUACAAAGACAUAUGUAAACCACUUCCCCCAAUUAAAAUCGAACCACAAUCUGCUCGUUUUAUAGACAUCCCCUCAGAAAAUCCCGAAAUGGCAAAACUUUCUCAUUCUUUGUGUAUGGUCUCUACUGUUGCAGCAAUUCCAUUAGAUUCUCUAUCUGCGGAUACUUUGAAGACUUCUGGUCUGAUUAUAGAUGCUGAAAGAGGUUAUGUAAUUGUAUCCAGAAGAAUCGUUCCUCAUGACUGUUUAGACUGUUUUGUUACCAUUGCUGAUUCAGUGAUUGUCCCAGCCACUGUUGAAUUUUUACACCCAACUCAAAAUUAUGCCAUCGUUAAGUAUGAUCCUGCACUUGUAAAUGCUGAUACAAUCACUCCCAAAUUAUCAUCAACCCCAAUGAAACGUGGUGAUAAAGCUCAUUUUGUUGGUUUUACUCAGAAUAACAGAUUAGUAUCGGCAGAAACGAAUGUUACUGAUAUUUCAUCUGUCAGUAUCCCAAGUAAUAUUAUUCCAAGAUAUAGAGCUACCAAUUUAGAAGCUAUUUCAAUCGAUUGUAAUAUUAGUACAAGAUGCAACUCAGGUAUUAUUACAGAUUCUGAUGGUACAGUAAGGGCUCUUUGGUUAUCAUUCCUAGGGGAGAGACAAGAGAAUAAAGAAAAAGUAUACUUAAUGGGUCUUGAUAUUACUACAUGUAUGACUGUUAUUGAUAUAUUGAAAGAAGGUAAAAAACCUGUCAUGAAUAUCGUUGAUGCUGGUUUUGGAUCCAUUUCAAUUUUAAAUGCUAGAAUUAGAGGGGUUCCAGAAGAAUGGAUUAAAUCCAUGGAAAGACAGUCCAGUAAUAGAUUACAAUUUAUGACCGUUUCAAGAGUAUCAUGUACUUUAGACAAAGUUAAGUUGGAGACUGGUGAUGUUAUUUUGUCUGUUAAUAACAAACUUGUAACUGAGAUGGAUCAAUUAACUGGUGUUGUUUCUUCUACGGAUGUACAUGACGAUGCUCAAACUCUAAAAUUUAAAGUGGUACGUGAUGGUGCUGUCAUUAAUUUGGAUAUUAAGACGGUAAACGUUAAUGAAACAGAUAGCAUCUUGAUAUUUGCGGGUUGUAUCUUACAAGAACCUCAUCAUGCUGUGCGUCAAGCUAUGACUGACAUUCCAAAUGGUGUCUAUUGUACAUUCAGAGGUGAAUCAUCACCAGCGACUCAAUAUGGUAUUUCUGCUACCAAUUUUAUUACACAUGUUAACGAAAUCGAGACACCAAAUUUAUCUACGUUUUUAAAUGUUGUUAAGCAAAUACCUGAUAACAGUUAUUGUAAGAUGAGGUUGAUGACGUUUGAUAAUGUUCCAUUCGCUAUAUCUUUAAAGACAAAUUACCAUUACUUCCCAACAGCUUCUCUUCAAAAGGAUAAAUCUUCUGGUAAAUGGAUAGAAGCUGAAUAUAAUUCCAAUGGAGAAAAGACAAACGAAAUAUAA